CUCCUGGAUGCUGCUCGCUGCCGAUGUUCCCGAGAAAGUGCAAUGCCGUGUCAAACGCCAUUGGAAUAAAAAAUCCGUGGACUUAAAGGUGAUUUUGCUCAUCAUCUCCCUACACCACCUCCUCCUGUCUUCCAUUCAUGAGCAGCAGGGUCGAAAUUAAAAGUGGCAGCCAUGGAUGACAAGGGCUCUGUGGGGAAGAUUAGCGUAUCUUCAGACUCAGUGUCAACUCUCAACAGUGAGGACUUUGUCCUCGUGUCCCGGCUGGGGGACGAGACACCUUCAUCCACGAAUAAUGGUAGUGAUGACGAAAAGACAGGACUGAAGGUGAUUUCAGAGGAAGGGGUCAGCUUUAAGAUUGUGGGGAAUGGGAGUGAGCAGCAGCUCCAGAGGGAGUUGGAGGACGUCCUCAUGGACCCGUCGGUGGCAGACGCUGGGCUCGGAUCAGAGGCGAUGAGCAGCCUCGGCCCCAGUGACCAUGGGGUUCUUCCUAACGUGACGUCCCCCAUACCGGCAGGCACCGACCCGUUAAGUUCGCCUCCGCCCAAGCUGGAGAUGGUGCUCCCUGUUCAGACGGCCCAGGAGAGCGAGCUGAAUGAGAGGUCUUACAGAGCAGAUGAAUCGUCAUCAGAGGGAAGCCCUUGCAGUCCAAUCCCGGACGAGGACAGCGUUGUGUUCAGCCAGCUAACAUAUCUGGGGUGUGCCUCCGUCAACGCCCCCCGGAGUGAAGUGGAGGCCCUUCGUAUGAUGAGCAUUCUCCGAGGGCAGUGCCAACUCCCGCUGGAUGUCACACUUUCAGUGCCAGGCGUGUCCGAAGGCACUGUCAGGUUGUUGGACCCCCACAACAGCACAGAAAUUGCCAAUUACCCCAUUUAUAAGAUCCUGUUCUGUGUCCGAGGCCACGACGGCACACCAGAGAGCGACUGCUUCGCCUUCACCGAGAGCCACCACAACGCAGAGAUCUUCAGGAUUCACGUGUUCCGCUGCCAAAUCCGAGAGGCGGUGAGCCGGAUACUGUACAGCUUUGCCACGGCCUUCCGGAGGUCAGCUAAGAAGGCUCUGCUGUCGUCUCAGCAGAAUGCCCCGCUCACCCCUGACAGCGACUUGUUCACCUUCACUGUUAGUCUGGAAAUCAGGGAAGAUGAUGGCAAGGGUACUUUUAGUGCUGUGGCAAAAGACAAGGACAAACAGAGCUUCAAGCUUCGUGCUGGACUGGACAAGAAGAUUGUAAUUUACAUUCAGCAGACCUCCAACAAGGAGCUGGCAAUCGAGAGGUGUUUUGGACUCCUGCUCAGCCCGGGGAGAAAUGUGAAGAACAGCGACAUGCACCUGCUGGACUUGGAGUCAAUGGGAAAGAGCUCAGAUGGGAAGUCUUACAUCAUCACAGGAAGCUGGAACCCCAACACGCCUCAGUUUCAGGCUGUGAAUGAGGAAACACCCAAAGAUAAAUUCAUGUACAUGACGACUGCAGUAGAUCUGGUGAUUACAGAGGUGGAGGAACCGGUCCGCUUUCUGCUGGAGACGAGGGUCCGAGUGUGUUCCCCAAAUGACAGGCUGUUCUGGCCCUUUAGCAAGCGUAGCUACACUGAGACCUUCUACCUUAAACUACGACAGAUGGAGCGAAAAGAACGAAAGAGUCCUUCCUCUGACACACUUUAUGAGGUGGUGAGUUUGGAAAGUGAAACGGAGAGAGAGAAGAGGAAAACCACAGCCAGUCCAAGCAUCCUCCCGUCUGGGCCCGGGACCAUGGCUCCUUCACCGCCGGAGGAUGACGAAGAGGAAGAUAACGACGAGCCGCUACUCAGUGGGUCUGGUGACGUUUCAAAGGAGUGUGCAGAGAAGAUCCUUGAAACCUGGGGAGACUUGUUGUCCAAAUGGCACAUGAACCUAUCUGUGCGUCCAAGGCAGCUGCCGGCGUUGGUGCGGAGCGGCAUCCCUGAGGCACUCCGUGGGGAGGUGUGGCAGCUCCUGGCAGGCUGCCACAACAAUGACCACCUGGUAGAAGAAUACCGAACUCUCAUCACAAAGGUGAGGCCACACAGAAGAAUUUCUAAUGAAUUUCAAAUCUAUAUCUGUGGUGCUUUUUUGUGUGGAAACCGUUUCAAAACGCAUACAAAUGUUCUCCUUAGUAUCAGUUCAAAUUUGUGAUUGCGAUUACAUCCU